AUCAAAUCCAUCACUCAACACACUUAUAAACCCUUCAAAAAAAUGGCCUUUCAAAACGACACCAUCGUCACUGACCAUACUCGACCCAUCACAAUCGUUCAAAAUGGCGCCUCUUUUGUGCCAACAUUUCCAGAUUGCUACGUCAAUAUUGAUGAAGAAUUUCCUGGGGAGGCACAUGUGUAUAAGCAAGAGAAGGUCAUAUUCCAAGGCAAAUCCCAGUAUCAAGAUUUUUUUGUUUUUCAGUCACAAACAUAUGGGAAGAUUGCUAUAUUGGAUGGCUGCCUUCAGCUAACAGAGAAGGAUGAGUGUUCUUAUCAGGAAAUGCUCACUCAUCUCCCACUCUGUUCUAUUCCNCGCGCCUUGAGGGGGAAGCUCGAAAUUCGUUUUCCAUCGAGAUACCAUUGA